AUGUCAGACACUCAAAAACCCAUUCAAUUUACAGAAUCUGAACUAGAUGCUUUGGUCGAAAAAAAAGGUUACAAAAUAGCCAACGAGAUCGAGGAUGAAACUUUAGAUGAGUUAAACGAAGAAAUUAAUAUUAUUGAUGAACUAGAAUCUGUCUACAAGUCAAAAUUAUUUCUAUUGAAGAGUUUAGAGAAACAAAUCAAACUGCGAUUCUCAAACAAAUAUGAAGCGUUUGUGAAGAAUAUGACUGGGGUUAAGACUGGAGCUAGUUUUCAAUAUCGUAGAAUUUACGAUAAAUUAAAUGAAGUAAAUACCAAGAAUGCCUUUACUCAAGAAGAAAUUGAAAAGUUCCUCGAUAUGAAGAAUUACGAGGUUGUGACAGAAAUUGAUAAGAAAGCUUAUGAGAAGGCUAUUAGCAAUAAAACAUCACGAAAAAUUUUCUUGAUAAAGGAUAUUAAAGAUAACAUUGCGGGAGUUAAAACAGCUUACAGUUUCGCACCCAAAAAUAUUCAAAAGCAUAGUGAAUGUUUUAAUUUUAAUGUAGAGAAACGAAUUUUCAAUAAUUAUACUAUACUUGUCAGAUAUAGUAAACGAAUUCGUCAAUUACUGAAACAUGAUUAUCGAAACAUACCUUAUCAUAAACCAUUUAACAAAAGACGAUUCAAUAACUUAAAAGAAAAAAGCAAAACUUAUUACUGUAAGAGGUGUAAUGAUAUACUUACCAUCGAAAAUUUCUGUUAUAAAUGUGAGUCGGAAGAUCUGGACAAUUCAGAAUCGAUUCACACGAACUCUCCAAAAUCGGACAAUGAAGGUUCGAAUUAUAUUACUGACGAUGGGUUUGUUAUUAAGGAUGAUAUAAACACAUCAUAUAUUCAACACGAAUAUUAUUCAUUUUUAAAUAGCUUUACCAAAGCAAAAAAUUACGGUAUUUCAAUCGAUUUAGAUAAAGCCACAAACCAAAUCGAGUCUGCGCUCGAUGUGAACACAAAUCUUCUUAUUCAACAUAAGAAAAUUAUGGAUGAAAUUGAAUCAACCCGAAAGGAAUUUUCUCUUUGCAUCUUGGUGAAUCCUGCUCCAAACAACACUAUUUGGUUAAAUCGUCGCAACAAUCCUGAGAAACAUUACUACAAUUUGUAUCAGUUGGUUGGUGGGUUGGUCGAACCCAAUGAGACAUUUGAAUUAUGCGCUUUUAGAGAAGUUCAUGAAGAAGCUGGGAUUAACAUCAAGGAAUUGAAUUAUAUCUGUCAAUACAAAGGAUUUUGUGUUUUUUCCGGCAAUACCGAAGAAUCUCUAUAUAAAACUCUUGUCUAUUUCUCGAUUCUCGAACCUAACCAACUCCCGAUUCAAACUGAACCGACUAAAAGUGAUGAAUGGAUUCAAUAUACUUUAACUGAGUUUGAAAAAAGUCAAUACAUGUUAACACCAACAUUGGAAGUUAAAAAGAAGAAGAUUGUUGAAACGAUUAAAACUAAACUAACUCAACAUAACAGGAAGAGAAAACGUGUUAACAAGGAGGAAAAAGAAGAAAAGGAGGAGGUAAAUGGUGUCAAUUGGGAAUUGAACGGAGUCAAUUUAGAAGUUAAAGAUAUAGAAAAAUCUAUACUAUUAUCAAUGAUCAAGAAUUUUGAAGCUACGAUGAAUAAUUUUAAAGGUUCAUUAGGAAUUUUAGUUUAUAAUAGUAAGACUAUGAAGACAGGGAAUUUUUUAACAAAACAAGCUAAACUUUGGUUGGAAAAUACAUCUCAACAGAUAAUCGUUUGUAAUGAAGAAGAGGUUAUCAAUGAAAUCAAGAAUUUUUUCAAAAAUGAUGAAGAACCAACAGAAUUACUAUUAACCGAUUUUAAAGCUGAAUCUUUUACUUUAAUAGGAAUUAAACCUAAAAUCAUCGUUUUCACGGAAACGAUCGGUACUAGAAAAACUACAUGUGCAAAAAUGUUUCAAAUGUAUCUUGAGUCGAAAGGAUUUUCUGUUAUUCAUAGGAUCGAAGCAAGUCUCGAAAUUCCUGAAGAAUUAACAUUAUUUUAUCAAAUCAAAAAUACACUUUUUAUUCAAAAAGAAAUUUUUAAUCUGUACAAGAAACGAAAGAACAGUUUAUUACUGAGAGUUGAUUUUCUGAUUGAAGACAGGACCGUUAGAAAUAUCAAGAUUUUUAAUAUCAACAUAGAAAAUAAAUUAGAAAAGAAAUAUAUUGAUAAUUUGAUUGAUGAGGAAAUUUUCAAGGAUAAAGUAAAAUUUGAUAAAGUGGUCUACAUUAAACCUUCGUUUCUGACUACAAUCAAUCACAAAAAAAAACGUGCAAGACCAGAUGAAACUUGCAAAAAUGACUACCUGAAAAAUAUUUAUAUGGAAUAUGAAUCAAGAGUCGAUGAAAUUUAUCUUGAUCAUAUUGUGUUUGAUAAUAUUAUUUCUUUAUGUGAGAAUUGUCAGCGGCUUCAAUCUU